UUACCGUAUACACAGACGUGCUCGUGCUGUGUUUUGCAGGUGACAGGAAGAAAGUUCAUAUUGAAGAAUUGCGAUUUAAGGAUCAUCAACUACCUCAAAUUUAAAAGGAUAACAAUGCUUACCUUUGGCAUAACGAUAGUUCGACAUGGUGAAACAGAAUGGAAUAAAAAAGGCCUCCUACAAGGCCAGGCGAUAGACUCGUCUCUAUCAGACAUAGGGAUGCAGCAGGCAGAGGCUGCAGGAAAAUAUCUCAAGGACGUCAAGUUCACCAACGUGUUUGUCAGUGACAUGGCCCGUGCCCGCCAGACUUGCGAAGCAAUUGUAAAACACAACAGUAGUUGCUCUGGCCUAGAAAUUGUCACCGAUCCAUCACUUAAAGAGAGGAGUUUUGGGAGUGCCGAGGGGGGCUUGGUGGUGGACAUGAAGAACAUGGCUACAGCGGCUGGUCAAUCGUGGCUGGACUUCACUCCUCCAGGGGGAGAGACUAUAGAACAGAUGAAGAUGCGGAUCAAAGAGUUUCUGGAGCACCUGUUCCAGCGCAUGGUGGCUGACCACUGCAGACCAGGACAGAGGGAGACAGGGAUGCCAGAGGGGGCUCUUGCAGGCAAGCCAGAUGAUGGGACCAGAGAUGUUCCUGCCCAUGCCCUGGUGGUCAGCCAUGGGGCCCUAAUACGUGUGGCCAUGCGCUACCUUGUGGAUGAGCUAAAGUGUCCUUUACCCCAGGGGUUGGACAUGUCCCAUGUGAUCGCUCUCUGUCCCAACACGGGCAUAUGUCGGUUUAUCUUCACUGUGACAAAAGGGGAUGCCGGCGUCACCCUCUCAGCCAUCCGCUGUGUCUUCAUCAACAGGUGCGAGCACAUCUAAGAGAAGGGGUAGAGUAGAGGGGGUUGAAGGAAAUAAUCUCCUGGUUCACACUAUAGGGCCGACUAGAACCGUAUUGUGCUGUUUAGGAUAUUUUCUUUUCACAUUGUCCUUUCUAGCAUGGUUCCAGCAACUAUGGUAGAUAGGCAAAGUGGUACUGGGCUGGCCUGACUCGCCUUGGCCUCUUGAAUGUGAAUCGGGCUGACUAAGAUAUACAGACUCCAUAUAGGAAUCUGGUUGAGUUAUUUAAAAUUAUUUUAAGGCAUACACUACCGGUCUAAAGUUUCAUAACACUUACACAUUCAAGAGUUUUUCUUUCUUUUUUUAUAUUUUUAAAAAACUAUUUUCUACAUUGUAGAAUAAUAGUGAAGACAUCAAAACUAUAAAAUAACACAUAUGGAAUCAUGUAGUAACCAAAAAAGUGUUAAACAUUUUCUAUUUGAGAUUCUUCAAAUAGCCACCCUUUGCCUUGAUGACAGCUUUGCACACGUUUGGCAUUCUCUCAACCAGCUUCAUGAGGUAGUCACCUGGAAUGCAUUUCAAUUAACAGAUGUGCCUUCUUCAAAGUUAAUUAGUGGAAUUUCUUUCCUUCUUAAUGCGUUUGAGCCUAUCAGUUGUGUUGUGACAAGGUAGGGGUGGUAUACAGAAGAUAGCCCUAUUUAGUAAAAGACCAAGUCCAUAUUAUGGCAAGAACAGCUCAAAUGAGUAGGUGUUCUAAAAUGUUGGCCCGGUAGUGUAUAUGUAUUUGUCUGAUAGUAUUUUAAUGUACAUUAUGCAACACAAUGAAGAUUGAGAAAAUAAACAAUCAUAUUUUGAA